AUGGAGAAAUACGAGAAGAUGGGCAAGAUCGGGGAAGGCUCCUACGGGGUGGUCUUCAAGUGCAGGAACAAAGACACGGGACAGAUUGUCGCCAUCAAGAAGUUUGUGGAGUCCGAAGACGACCCCAUCAUCAAAAAGAUCGCCCUGAGGGAGAUCAGGAUGCUCAAGCAACUGAAACAUGCCAACCUGGUGAACCUCAUCGAGGUGUUUCGGCGGAAACGGAAGCUGCACCUGGUGUUCGAGUACUGCGACCACACGGUUCUCAAUGAGCUGGACCGCCACCCCAGAGGCGUUCCCGAGCACCUCGUGAGGAGUAUAAGCUGGCAGACGCUGCAGGCCGUCAACUUCUGUCACCAACAGAACUGCAUCCACCGGGACGUUAAACCAGAGAACAUUCUCAUCACCAAGCACCAAGUCAUCAAGCUCUGUGACUUCGGCUUUGCCAGGAUCCUCACCGGCCCGUGUGACUACUACACGGACUACGUGGCCACCCGUUGGUACAGGGCCCCGGAGCUGCUGGUGGGGGACACGCAGUACGGCGCCCCUGUGGACGUUUGGGCCAUCGGCUGCGUCUUCGCCGAGCUGCUGUCAGGCGCACCGCUGUGGCCCGGGAAAUCGGACAUGGACCAGCUCUAUCUCAUCAGAAAAACCCUGGGAGACCUUAUCCCGCGACACCAGCAGGUCUUCAGUAACAACCAGUUCUUCAGUGGAGUCUCCAUCCCAGAGCCUCGGGAGAUGGAACCUCUGGAGCAAAAGUAUCCUCAUCUCUCACACCAAGCACUGAGUCUCAUGAAGGGCUGCCUCAGGAUGGACCCGGCGGAGCGGCUGACCUGCGAACAGCUCCUGCAACACUCCUACUUCGACAGCCAGCGUGAAAAGAGUGACAGCACUGCCAGGGAGCAUGAUCGUACCACCAACAAGAGGACACGCCCGUUCCGCAAACACCUGCCUCCUGGGUAUCUGCCGCAGCUCACUGGGAGCAGCAUUUUUCCAGCUCUGGACAACAAGAAGUACUACAGCAGCCUGCGGAAAUUCAACUACCACCUACCCAACAUCUAAACCCCAGCCUGAGCUGAAUCGAUACCCCAGCAUCUUUUCUUUCCCUUUCCAAUCAACAUUUUCCGAUAACCUCAGGAGAUGAUUGUGCUGGCGCCCUGGUUUCUUAGACAAGCGAGACAAUGUAACCACAUUUAUUGUUGCUAUUGCGUGUGUGGGGUGUCUCUUGUUUGUCCUUCUAUGCACUACUCCCAGUAUGUCCACCGAGAGACGGCUGGGUUAUAAUUAUGUGUAAUUAUGUAUGUCACAUUCGUUUCGAGCUGACUCCGGAGCAAACCUGCCGCUCCGCUUAGCGAGGCCCAGUAGACUGGGAUAAAACUAUGAUGCACUGCCUUGACCGGUUUGCCAAACGUUUUUACAUAAUAAUGGACUCAGACUGACGUGGUUAGCAGUAAAUCUAUCUGUUGUGUAAUAUCGUCCCAAGGGAGUAAUGUACAAACUUUGCAUUAGCU